AGUCUACAGGAUCAAAGCCGUGCACUUUGACAAGACUCCAGCUGAUGAGUUCACAAUGUACCAGCGAGAAGCGAAACAGUAUGCCAAGAUCACAUAUCUGAAGUACAUCGAGGCGUUCUACAGCAUCCCUCCAAAGUUUUCCAACCAGCCCCUGCUGGAAGCAUUCCCAGAGAAGGAAACAGAAAAGGUCUUCCUUUUGCCUGAGCUCUGCGUCCAGACAGGCAUCACUGAAGAGAUACGCAAGGAGAAAAAUACAAUGUCGGAAGCACUGAAGAGCAUAAAAGCUGCGCCGCAGGAGCGCCUAAAUGCCAUCAUUGCAGGUGCAACUGACAUGCAGAAAGAUACGCUUCCUUCCUCAACUGCCGUCAAGGCCUGGGGCUGUUCUUUGAACACAGAGCCUGUGGAGGUGAAUGGCCGUGUGUUGGAACCACUGCAGGUUGCAUUUCAAGAGAAGAAGGUCUAUCCCGUGGAGGACGGUAACUUCACCAAACUCCUGCGGAAUGGCCUGCAGUGUGCUGUGAAGUUGGAUGAUUGGAUUCUGAUGUACCCCGCCUCGGAUGAAUCGGUGCUCGACAUUUGGCUCCGCUCCCUUCGUGACAUUGCACAGGUAGCCUUUGGGAUGCAACUGGUGGAACCAAGACGAAUCAAGCUGGAGCACCAACUCGACGAGCUUGAUGAGGCCUUGCAAACAGAAGUUAAGCCGUCAACACAAUUGGUCCUUAUGCUCAUCCCAAACAAGGACUCACCCAAGGUAUAUCAACGCUUCAAGAGAAAGUUGAUCGCGGACUUGCCAUGUAUCUCUCAGGUGGUCAAGAGCGACACGAUCCGAAAACGUCAAUCCAUUGCUGCGGUUCUCAGCAAAGUGGUUCUGCAGAUCAAUGCCAAGUUCUCGGGACCUCUUUGGAACAUCACCGUUUCAAAAGAUCUGGAGAAGGAUAUCGUCGCAGAAAGUCUAAACACCACUGAGCUGGGUGCUAAGACUCCCUUUUCCAUUGUGGGCCUGGACGUUUAUCGAAACAACAUGGGCGAGCGAACGCUUGCCAUGACGGCCACCAUCGACAGGUCCUAUUCACAAUAUUUCUCGAUGUCAGCUACGCUGGACAAGGAGGAGUGGCAGAGCAGCUUGUUGCAGAACAUUCAGAACCUCUUCCGCCAUGCCUUGCUGUGCUUUGCUGGUGGUGAAAAUCAAGGCAUUCUGCCAGACAAGAUUGUUGUCUACAGGGCAUCAGUGAGCUCCGAAGACAUGGAUCUGGUCUCUGCGGAGAUCCAGGCCAUGCAGGAAGUUCUUGAUGUCUUGGUCACUCGAACUUUUGGAAGACAGCCUGAAGAUAGGCCAAAAAUCACCUUCAUUGCGAUUGCACGCAGAGGCAACAUGAGGAUCUUUGCUCAUGAUGACGAAAAGGGCGCGGCGAAAAACCCAGAGACAGGUACCGUGGUGGAUGACCCUGUUCUUUGUGCCAGUGGCAUACCGAGCUUCUACUUGAUCAGCCAGGCCAUCAGCAAAGGCUCAGCCAUUCCUUCUUUCUACUCGGUUUUGCUCAACGAGAACAGCUUUAACAUGGACGUCAUCCAGAACCUUACGUAUAGGCUUUGCCUGAUGUUCUACAACUCUGCUGGCGCUGUCCGUGUUCCCGCCCCAGUGCUCUACGCCACGAAGCUCGCGAAGAUGAUUGGUUCGGUGGUGCAGAAGGCACCCCAUGCUGCACUCCAGAAGAGCCUCUUCUACUUGUGAGGGCAUUGCAGGGCAAUGAGUCUCUCAAUGAAUGCUCUUUGCCUUCCGGCUUGCGUUGAAUUGCUCGAAUGACGGGUGGUUCGGUGCUACAAGCGAGUAGAGUGGCGGAGUGGUGGGUCUCUGUCGCUGACAAUUGUAUGAAUGAUGGGAGAACGAUGCCCAUUGAAACGGAGACUUGUGUUUUUCUGAAAGAAG